CAGGCGGGCGCGGGGGGGGGAGGCCAGCCCGCGGGAGCGCGCGCGCUUAGACAAAACUUUCCUGCCGAAGGAACCCGGGGCCAGCGCGCUGUGGGGCCCCCGAAACUUCUGCUCACCGGCCAGGCUAACCCGACGUGAAGUGACGGACUGUUCUAUGACUGCAAAGAUGGAAACGACCUUCUACGACGAUGCCCUCAAUGCCUCGUUCCUCCAGUCCGAGAGUGGCGCCUAUGGCUACAGUAACCCCAAGAUCCUGAAACAGAGCAUGACCCUGAACCUGGCCGACCCGGUGGGCAGCCUGAAGCCGCACCUCCGGGCCAAGAACUCGGACCUCCUCACCUCGCCCGACGUGGGUCUGCUCAAGUUGGCGUCGCCCGAGCUGGAGCGCCUGAUCAUCCAGUCCAGCAACGGGCACAUCACCACCACGCCGACCCCCACUCAGUUCUUGUGCCCCAAGAAUGUGACUGAUGAGCAGGAGGGCUUCGCCGAGGGCUUCGUGCGCGCGCUGGCCGAACUGCACAGCCAGAACACGCUGCCCAGCGUCACGUCGGCGGCCCAGCCGGUCAACGGGGCAGGCAUGGUGGCCCCCGCGGUGGCCUCGGUGGCGGGCGGCAGCGGCAGUGGCGGCUUCGGCGCCAGCCUGCACAGCGAGCCGCCCGUGUACGCCAACCUCAGCAACUUCAAUCCCGGCGCGCUGAGCAGCGGCGGCGGGGCGCCCUCCUACGGUGCGGCGGGCCUGGCCUUUCCCGCGCAGCCCCAGCAGCAGCCCCCGCCGCCGCCGCCGCAGCCCCACCACCUGCCCCAGCAGAUCCCAGUGCAGCAUCCGCGGCUGCAGGCCCUGAAGGAGGAGCCGCAGACCGUGCCCGAGAUGCCCGGCGAGACGCCGCCCCUGUCCCCCAUCGACAUGGAGUCCCAGGAGCGGAUCAAAGCGGAGAGGAAACGCAUGAGGAACCGCAUCGCCGCCUCCAAGUGCCGGAAAAGGAAGCUGGAGAGGAUCGCCCGGCUGGAGGAAAAAGUGAAAACCUUGAAAGCGCAGAACUCUGAGCUGGCGUCCACGGCCAACAUGCUCAGGGAACAGGUGGCACAGCUUAAACAGAAAGUCAUGAACCACGUUAACAGCGGGUGCCAGCUCAUGCUCACGCAGCAAUUGCAAACGUUUUGAGGAGAGACUCUUGGGGCUUAGGGGACAACGGAGAGCAAAUAAUACAGAGACCGAUUUGAGAACUUGACAGGUUGCGCCAGAGAGAGAGAGAGAGAGAGGUGUCCGAGGACUAAAGCCAAGGGUAUCCAAGUUGGACUGGGCUGCGUCCUGACGGCGCCCCCAGUGUGCACGAGUGGGAAGGACUUGGCGCGCCUUGCCUUGGCACUGAGCCAGGGAGCUGCCGCCUGCGGGCUGCCCCGCUUUGCGGACGGGCUGUCCCCGCGCGAGCAGAAAGAUAGACUUUUAACAUUGACCAAGAACUGCAUGGACCUAACAUUCGAUCUCAUUCAGUAUUAAAGGGGGGCGGGGGGUUUCAAACUGCAAUAGAGACUGUAGAUUGCUUCUGUAGUACUCCUUAAGAACACAAAGCGGGGAGGGGAGGGAGGGGAGGCUGGAGGGAGGUUUAUGAGAGCAAGGCUGCGCCUACCAAUGAACUCCUGGCCUGCCUCAUCCAUGAUGUAUGUACAUGUACAUAUUUUUUUUAAUUUGAUGAAAGCUGAUUACUGUCAAUAAACAGCUUCCCGCCUUUGUAAGUUAUUUCAUGUUUGUUUGUUUGGGUGUCCUGCCCAGUGUUGUUUGUAAAUAAGAGAUUUGGAGCACUCUGAGUUUACCAUUUGUAAUAAAAUAUAUAAUUUUUUUA